AUGGACUUGAUGCCGCAGCCGGACAGCCCGCACUCGGACGGCAGCGGUGGCGGGGCGUCGGGUACGUCAUCGGCGGUAUCGUCUCUCUCGCCGGUGUCGCCGUCGCCGAGCCGGUACGAGUCGCAGAAGCGGCGGGACUGGAACACGUUCGGGCAGUACCUGCGGAACCACCGCCCCCCGCUGUCCCUGGCGCGCUGCAGCGGCGCGCAUGUGCUGGAGUUCCUCCGCUACCUCGACCAGUUCGGCAAGACCAAGGUGCACUCUGCCGGCUGCCCCUUUUUCGGACACCCCGUGCCGCCGGCGCCCUGUCCGUGCCCUCUCCGACAGGCCUGGGGCAGCCUCGACGCGCUCGUCGGCCGCCUCCGCGCUGCCUACGAGGAGAACGGCGGCCGACCGGAGAACAACCCCUUCGGCGCCCGCGCCGUGCGGCUAUACCUCCGCGAGGUCCGCGAGCACCAGACUCGCGCACGAGGCGUUAGCUACGACAAGAAGAAGCGCAGGAAGCCGCCCCAGCAGCACCACCCCGCAGCCGCCCACGACGUCCACUCCCACGACGGCAACGGCCACCACUACCACCCCCACAUGCCUCCGCCGCCUCCCGGCGCUGCGGCGUGA